AUGAAGGUCCUAAUAACUGUUGGACUUUCCACUCCAGAGUACUGGUUCUUCUCAAGUCCUGCUCUUCUAUUUUUCUUCAGGAUCAGAGCUAAUUUUGAUCUGCAAUUAGUUACUGCUGAUUCUGCCUUACCACAGCUUCUAGAUUGCAUUGAAAAAUCUGAUGGAUUCUUUGAAGGAAGAAGAUAUCUAGAGGAGCCGACGGGAGAGAAUAAUAAUGCUCUGGCGGCUGCAAGAACCGCGGCACGACAAGAACCGGAAGAAGAUUUGUAUGCAGCUACUAGCAGACUGGCAGAUGUUAUCAAACGUGCCGAUGUGGAGAAGUUCAUUUCAAAGAUCGAAAGGCUUGCCAAUCAAAUAGAUCCCUAUGGCGCUCUCAAUUUCCAAGGGCUAUCGAAGGGUUCACUACUCCAUGUCGCAGCCGAGAUGGGCAAGGACGACAUCCUAAGGCUCCCGGGUGAUUACGUAGGUGACCACCUCGUAGCUGCCCAAAAUGAUUAUGGAGAUCUCCCCCUCCACAUGGCCGCUAAGGUCAGGGGAUCUAGGGCAACCGCAAUGUUGAUUCGCCGGGCAAGAGACCUCCCCAACGUGGAGGACAAGAACCUGAUCCUGAGGAUGAAGAACAAACAUGGAAACACCGCUUUGCAUGAGGCCGUGCUUAAGAGUCACAUCAACAUGGUGCUCCUUUUGUUAAAUGAAGAUUUGGAGCCCAUGUACUGGAAGAAUGCUUAUCAUAAAUCUCCUCUAUACCUGGCCCUCACCGCCAAGAAUCCCAUGAUACAUGAGGUUUUAUUUUCGCUCUCGCUCGAACCAUCCAGGAUACAAGGCUUGCCACCUGCUCGUGGUGCCGUUAUGCGGCAUUACUAUGAUUUAGUCGCCAAGAUACUUGAAAAGAACAUGAAGCUAUUUGCAAUGAUCGACUCCACAGGUAGUAAUGUAUUCCAUUUAGCUGCUUACUUCAAGUUGCCCCAAGCAUUCGAAUUCUUACUACAAAAGAAAACUGAAUAUUUGGUCCGAGAACGGGACAUGAAUGGGGAUCUUCCCAUUCAUAUUGCGGGCAAGAUGGGUCAAGUCAAACUGAUCAAACUGAUCGAGAAGCGACGUGCGGGAUUACAUUUGCUAAACAAGCAAGGACAAACAAUUCUUCAUGUCGCGGCAAAAUACGGGAAAGAUUCAGUGGUGAGGUAUGUGCUCAAACAUCGAGAUCUGGAGACGAUGAUAAAUGAAAGAGAUUAUACCGGAAACACAGCUUUGCAUUUGGCCGCGAUACAUUCACAACCCGCCGCUGUGAUUGCCCUCGUGCUGGAUGAGAGAAUUAGCCCUUCCCUCCUCAACCACAAAUGCUUGACUGCUUUAAACAUUGCUGAAGAUAGCUACCAAAAGAGGGGGAUGAUGCGUGAGAAGUUGGCAGUUGUAGUGUUGCGAUCCUCGUCAGCCGAAAACAGAGACUUACUCGUGCUACGGCGGAAAGCUCGACAUGAAGCACCUAUAGUAUUCAACGUGCAUGAAAAGAAGCCAAGCAUGGACAGCGUGAAGGAUGUGAUCAAUACCCGCCUGCUGGUGGCAGCACUUGUGGCUACCGUGACUUUCGCAGCUGGUUUCGCAGUUCCUGGAGGAUUUAACAGCUCGGACACGGUGUCUAAUGAGGACCGGGGAAUGGCUUCGAUGCUGGACAAGAGAAUGUUCCAGGCCUUCGCCAUUUGCAAUACUGUCGCAAUGUUCUGCUCAAUGAUUGCGGUCAUCAGCCUCAUUUAUGCGCAGCAAAAUGACAUUUAUACGGGGAUAGCUGGAUUCAUUCACGCAGCAGUGUGGCUAACAAUUGCACUCCCGGCGAUGUCCGCUGCUUUCUUAACUGGUGUCACAUUGACCGUCGGCAAACUCCCGUGGCUUGCUAACACCUUAUUUUAUUUAGGACUCUUUUUCCUCCUCUAUAUCUCAGCUGCCAUAGCGUCGCAGUACGUUCUAUUCUUUCGUACCAUCCUUUGUCUAAGAUGCUGGCUUGUUCAGCGUUACAUUUUUUUUUGCCAAUUUAAGACGGACCUUUUGGAUGAGCCAGAGGAAGACCGAUGA